AUGUUGGUCAUCCGAUUCCUUCUGCUCAUAGCAGAGCUUCAAGAGAAACAGAAAUAUCUCAUCCCACCGUUUUCAACGUAUCCACCUGAGGCGUUGGGUGGAAUGGUCAAUCGAGUGGCCUUCUGGUGGCUCAACCCAUUAUUGACUCGAGGGGCGCGUGGCCUGUUGAAUCCCGCCAAUCUCUUUUCACUCGAUCGCAAUCUCAAGGCCGACGAGUUGCAAGAACGCUUCAGUGCGAAAUGGCAUUCUGCAUUGAAACGUUCCACGCAACAUCGCCAUGUACUUGCCGUGGUUGUACUUUCUUGCGUUCGACGGACAUUACUAUGGGCAGCUAUUCCUCGAAUUUGCCUAAUCGGUUUCAAGAUUGCCCAGCCGCUGCUGCUUUAUCGCGUGAUAGAUUAUCUCUCCUCCACCGAUACUACAAGCGAGGCUAUUGGGAACUCACUUAUUGGGGCCACCGUGCUGGUUUACCUUGGUAUUGCGGUGACAACAAUGUUGUAUAAACAUGGGAUAAAUCGUGCCAUCACUAUGACAAGAAGCAUACUAGUGGUGGCUCUAUACAAAAAAACACUUUCUCUCGACACCACUAUAUCAAAAGACGCAGCUGCAAUCACGUUGAUGAGUACUGAUACGGAAAGCAUUUGCAAUAAUCUACUACGGCUUGAUGCAAUGUUCGCCUCUCCAAUCGAAGUGGGGCUCGCCCUGCUCUUUCUUGAAAGAGAAGUCAAACUGGCGUGUUUAGCAUCGGUCGGUUGUGCUUUAGUAGCAGUAGCGCUUAGCUAUGUCAUUGCCAGCUACUCGCCAUUACGCCAAAGGGAAUGGAAUCAAGUGGUCCAAGAGCGUGUUGCAACCACCGCUUCUAUCCUUAGAACAAUUCAAGGCGUGAAGCUGCUCGGUAUAUCUUCCUUUGUGCGACGGAGGAUAUGUGAUCUGCGUGAUGUGGAGCUCGAGCGGUCUCUGGGGGCUCGCAUGUUGAUCAUGUGGAGAAAUGUCAUUGGUACGCAUUCCCGUGAAAUUGCUGGGCCAGUUCUCACGUUUGCCAUCUUCACACUCGGGGGGAGUGGUACAGUUGAAUCAGCACAAUCUUUUACAAUUCUCGCCCUAAUUGGUCUCAUAACCCAACCGAUUCAGGUCUUCGUCCAUGGAAUUACCCAAUUGGGCGUGGCCCUAGGUUGCUUCGGGCGAAUCCAAGAUUAUCUUUCAUUGCCAGGGGUUCACAAUGGCCAGAAUAAUUCCAAUAGCACAGAAGAUAUCGUGGUCGUGACGGAAAAGGGGACCCCCAAUGACAGCAUAGUUGCGCUUCAAGCUCUGCCGGUGAAAAGUGUACGAUAUCUUUCAAUGCACAAUGCAAGCCUGAAAUACCCCGGGGCUACGACACCGGUGUUGACUGGUGUGACUAUUGAGAUUUACCCCUGCACUCUGACGAUCGUCACAGGCUCUGUCAGUUCUGGAAAGUCCUCCUUUCUCAAAGGUCUCAUCGGAACAUUACCUUGUGUUGCUGGUUCUUGCAAUAUAUUCGUGACGAUUGCUUACUGCGCACAAGACCCUUGGCUUCCGGACAUUCCCAUCCGAGCGUUGGUGACUGGGUUUUCUUCCUUCGACAAAAAUUGGUAUGAUACCGUGCUUCAUGCUUGUGCUUUGGAUGAAGAUAUUGCUACAUUUCCUGGAGGUGACUCCACCCAAGUUGGGUCGGGGGGCGCUGCUUUGAGUGGUGGUCAGAAACAACGCCUGGCUCUUGCGCGAUCCGUUUACUCGCGUAGGAAACUCCUUAUACUUGAUGAGACGCUCAGUGCAUUAGACAUUGUCACUGCCAAAAAGGUCUUUAACCGCAUGCUGGGCCCCCAAGGUCUGUGCAGAUCCCUAAACAUGGCCGUUAUCUUAGCAUGCAGCGAUCCUCGUUCUUAUCCCACUUCUAGUGCAAGUGUUAUUACACUAGCUGAUGGGACAGUUACCUCUCGGGAUCCCUGCGAUUUAUCUUCAGAAGAUGUAUCCGUCACACCACAUGGGAUUGGGAUCACAACAACAGAUAAUACCCACCCCGUGGCUGCUCAAACACAAGAUGAGCUGGUAAAAGCACGGGACGAUCUGUCGCGCAGAGAUGGGGACCUCUCGACCUACAAGUACUACUUCAACUCUAUAGGCUGGAGAUCCUCUGCAGUCUUUUUAAUUCUCAUAGUCAUCCAGACGUUUGGGUACAAAUUUCCCACUCUGUGGCUGAUGUACUGGUCAGACGAUGAAUUUCAUUAUCCGCUCAGUGUUUAUCUGGGCGUAUAUGGAUCUUUCCUUUUUGUUUCUUUGGUACCAAAAAGCGCUCGUCGUCUGCAUGCGCAGCUGUUGAUGUCUACUUUGAGGGCACCGUAUCUUUUCUUCACCAAGCAUGACAGCGGGACACUCCUAAACAAAUUCAGUCAAGACCUUUCUCAAAUUGACAAUCAAUUAUCGGGUGCGCUUCUUAUGACCACUUUUGGUGCCGGCGCCGCCAUCGCCGAGGUUAUGCUCAUUGCUUCUGGCAACAAGUAUAUUGCCAUCACAAUUCCGUUCAUGAUUCUUAUGAUAUAUGGCUUACAGAAGUUCUAUCUGCGAACUUCACGCCAACUGCGCUUCAUGCAACUAGAAGCACAAAGCCCUCUAUAUACUCAUUUUCUAGAGACUGCAUUGGGAACAGACACAAUUCGUAUCUUUGGCUGGGAAUCGCCGUGGGUGGCACAAUGUCACAUUUUAGUUGACGCCGCGCUCCAACCAUACUAUGCUCUCUUCUGUAUCCAACGUUGGCUGGACCUUGUACUGGAUCUGGCGGCGGUGGCAAUGGCUGUUAUAGUGAUCAGCAUCGCAGUUACGCUACACUCCUCAGUCAAUCACGGGGCAAUUGCCGUGUCUCUGCUGAACAUUCUGAGCUUUAGCAGCAGUCUGUCCUUUCUGAUUACUUCAUGGACACAGCUGGAGACUUCUCUAGGUGCUGUUGCACGCAUUAAAGGUCAUGAAGCCACUACCCCUAAAGAGGACGAUCCGAACAAGACUAUACGGGAGCCUCCCGAAGAAUGGCCUGCCCAUGGCUCAAUCCGAUUUGACCACGCUUAUACAGGCUAUGAAAGCAUCGAGCACACUGAGAAGUCAACCCUUCGCGAUGUCACUGCCGUCAUCAAUGCGGGGGAGAAAGUGGCCAUUUGCGGUCGAAGCGGAAGCGGCAAGAGCUCUCUUUUACUCCUGAUCUUUCGCAUGCUUGAGACCAGCGCAGGUGGUGUGUUUAUCGAUGGCAUUAAUCUGGGCGAGGUUCCUUGUGGGAUUAUUCGAGACCGUCUUACUAUUAUACCACAAGAUCCUGUCAUGUUGCCUGGAUCACUUCGCUUCAACCUGGAUCCUAAAGGACAGGCCUCCGAUGCCGCAAUCCUUUCUUCUUUGAACACAGUAGGAUUGCGGGAUGAUCUCCAAAUGGAAAACCACUAUCCAUUAGAUGUGCUGGUGAGCGAAGGAAACUUGACACGUGGCCAGUGGCAAUUAGUGAGCUUAGCAAGAGCGCUUCUCCGCAAGGCCCACACCAAGAUUCUUGUCUUGGAUGAGAUUAGUGGCAGCGUGGAUGUUAAGACUGAGCGACUAAUGUUUCAAGUCAUUCAAGAUCACUUCAAAGAUGCCACAGUGGUUGCAGUCACCCAUCGAUUGCGAUGCAUCCAAGAUUUUGACAAAAUUCUGAUCAUGAAAGGGGGUGAAAUUGUCGAGGAAGGGCCUCCGUCGUACUUGCUUAGCAUCCCGAGUCUAUUCAAGGAACUCUGGGACGAACAAUAG